CCUGACGCAGCCCGCCCCGCCCCUGCCCGCGGGGAGGUGCGGGCCUGGAGGGGGAGGUGACUUGAUGUCAUCCUGAGCCGCUGGGCGGCGGGCGCCGGGGCGCAUAAAGCCGGGGCUCCCGCUGCGCCUGUGGGUGCCCGACUGGAGAGGAGCUCCCCGCGCUGCCCAGCCCAGCCCCGAGCCCGCCGAGCGCCCGCGCCCCGACCCGCCGCCGCUGCGCGGGGGGAUGCCCCGGCCCCCCCGGAGCCCGACAGGGAACCCAGGAGCGCCGCCGCCCCGCACCCGGAGCGGAACCGCCGGGGAGGAGCUCUGAACGGCCGCCCCCUCCCCACCUGCAGCCCCUGAGGUCUGGGGCCCAAAGUCUGCGGUUCUUAGAAACCCAAGGUGGGAACCCCAACUGGACUCUCCGUGACCCCCAGGAAGAGCCUGAGGCCUGAACCAUCCUCCUCUCUACCCUGCCUGCCCCCCAGGACUGGGCAGUUGCCGAAGGCCCUGGGGGGGGGCCCAGGACUCUGUUUGUGCCCCCCCCCCCCCCAGGAUGGGCCCAAGUUAGUCAGCCAAGCUUCACCCAGCAUCUUCUAGGGCCAGCGGGAGCCCCAGGGUCCUUGAAGGCUUCACCGCUGCCUGGCUGUCAUGGAGACGAAGCUGCCCCCUGCGAGUACCCCCACCAGCCCCUCGUCCCCGGGGCUGUCACCUGUGCCCCCACCCGACAAGGUGGAUGGCUUCUCCCGCAGGUCCCUCCGCAGGGCCCGGCCCCGGCGGUCCCACAGUUCCUCCCAGUUCCGCUAUCAGAGCAACCAGCAGGAGCUCACUCCACUGCCCCUGCUCAAAGAUGUGCCGGCCUCAGAGCUGCACGAGCUGCUGAGCAGGAAGUUGGCCCAGUGUGGGGUGAUGUUUGACUUCUUGGACUGUGUGGCCGACCUGAAGGGGAAGGAGGUGAAGCGUGCAGCGCUCAAUGAGCUGGUGGAGUGUGUGGGGAGCACGCGGGGAGUCCUCAUUGAGCCUGUGUACCCAGACAUCAUCCGCAUGAUCUCAGUGAAUAUCUUCCGGACCCUGCCGCCCAGUGAGAACCCUGAAUUUGACCCUGAAGAGGAUGAGCCCAACCUUGAGCCUUCAUGGCCACAUCUGCAGCUGGUUUAUGAGUUUUUCCUGCGUUUCUUGGAGAGCCCAGACUUCCAGCCCUCCGUGGCCAAGAGAUAUGUGGAUCAAAAGUUUGUCCUGAUGCUCCUAGAACUAUUUGAUAGCGAGGACCCCCGGGAGCGCGAGUACCUCAAGACCAUCCUGCACCGGGUCUACGGCAAGUUCCUGGGGCUCCGGGCCUACAUCCGCAAACAGUGCAGCCAUAUCUUCCUCCGGUUCAUCUAUGAACUCGAGCGCUUCAAUGGCGUGGCUGAGCUGCUGGAGAUCUUAGGAAGCAUCAUCAAUGGCUUUGCGCUGCCCCUGAAGACUGAGCACAAGCAGUUCCUGGUUCGGGUCCUGAUUCCCCUGCAUUCCGUGAAGUCGCUGUCGGUCUUUCACGCCCAGCUGGCAUACUGCGUGGUGCAGUUCCUGGAAAAGGAUGCCACCUUGACAGAGCAUGUGAUCCGGGGACUGCUCAAAUACUGGCCAAAAACCUGCACCCAGAAGGAGGUGAUGUUUCUGGGGGAGAUGGAAGAGAUUCUUGAUGUCAUCGAGCCCUCCCAGUUUGUGAAGAUCCAGGAACCCCUCUUCAAGCAGGUGGCUCGCUGUGUGUCCAGCCCCCAUUUCCAGGGAAGCCUCUGCCAGGCACCCUCUGCCACCUCCCUGCCCCAGGUUGCAGAGCGGGCUCUGUAUUUCUGGAACAACGAGUAUAUCCUGAGCCUCAUUGAGGACAACUGCCACACGGUGCUGCCUGCUGUGUUUGGGACCCUCUACCAGGUCUCCAAAGAGCACUGGAAUCAAACCAUCGUAUCUCUGAUCUACAAUGUGCUCAAGACCUUCAUGGAGAUGAAUGGGAAGCUGUUUGAUGAGCUCACAGCCUCCUACAAGCUGGAAAAACAGCAGGAGCAGCAGAAGGCCCAGGAGCGGCAGGAGCUGUGGCAAGGCCUGGAGGAGCUACGGCUACGCCGGUUACAGGGGACCCAGGGGACAAAAGAGGCCCCCCUCCAGCGCCUUACACCCCAGGUGGCCGCCAGUGGGGGUCAGAGCUAGAGAUCCCGUAGAAAGGGAGGAACUAAACCCAGAGCUAUCAGUCCCUCUAUGCCCUCUCCUGCCCAGGGGCCCAGAGAGACACACACCUCCCCCUGGCCUUGCGGAGUGGGUUGGAGGGCUCCCUGCCUGGCCCAGCGUGGACCCUUUACUGUGGGGAGGAGAGAGGAGAUGGUGGUCCUGGCAACAGAACUCUCAGGCCCUUGUGGCAGGACUUGACCAGGGCAAGCUUGACCAGGAAGCUGCCAUCAGGGAUCUCCCUGCCCCAAAAAGCUGGGCUCCAGACUGCAGGCAGGUUCCCACACCCUGCUCCCAGCCUAGGGCAAGAGGACUCAGCUCCUCGUGUACCCCACCUCGUGCCAGCGCGAGGUCUUCCUGCACCCCACCAUGGAUCCAUGGUCUAUUUAUUCUCCCCUGCUCACCCCCAACAGAUGCUGACCUGGGCCUGGGCAUCCUCCUCCCCUCCCCUACCUCCCUCUGUACUUUCUUGUCCCCUUUUUAUUUAUUGGGCAGGGGGAGGGGUGAGGGCACAGGCAGAAGAGAUUCCCCAUGUCCUGGGGCAAGGUGGGGUCACAGUUACCAUGGUCUGUCCCCCUUCCCCUGGCUGGGGGUAGACUUAAUAAAGACAGAAACUCAA